UGACAAACUCUGUAUUGUAGUCAUGGGAGUUGAGGGCCGGUUUGUCUGCUUAAUUAUGCCUCAAGAAUGGUGAUUGCCAAGCUUCUGACCGGAGCUCUUCGAAGCCGCCGGCGAACAUCCAUUUACUUAAUUUCAUCUCUCUCGUCUUCUAUUUCCUCUCCAUACUCUCACUUGGAUUGUGGCGUUAAAACUUCAAGUGCCCAUCUAUCUUCCUCACUUUUUGCUUCUCACUUUUAUGUACGCUCGGUAUCUACUCGUUCCGCCGCUUCUGGUGAUUCCAAGUCUCUAAAUCUUGACUUUGAUCCCUCAGCUCAAUCUGGGUUCUCCAAUCUCGAGCUUAAUGACGACGGGGAUGGUGAUCAAUCGGGAAUUGUUGAGACGCUGGUUAGUGCCGCCGCCGCCGCAGCCGAUGGUGAAGUGGAGGAACGGAUUCUCCCCAUUCGCGUCCUAGUUUCUGUGCUCGAUUCCUACCAUGAUGUAACGGGUUUCCCUUGGUGGAUAGUAAUUGCUUCCUCAACUUUGGCUCUUAGAAUUGCAUUGCUUCCUAUGCUUAUGUUGCAAUUCAGCAAGAUUAAGAAAAUAUCAGAAUUCUUCCCAAAAUUGCCUCCUCCUAUACCACCACCUCUCUCAGGAAGAAGCUAUAUCAACCAACUUUUGUUCUUCCGCAGAGAAAGACGAGCAAUUGGGUGUCCUUCAUAUUUGUGGUCACUAGCAUAUGUUUGUGUUCAGGUCCCAUGCUUCCUCUUGUGGAUGACAACAAUCCGACGAAUGUCACUAGAGGCUCAUCCUGGGUUUGACCAUGGUGGUGCAUUUUGGUUUGAGAAUUUGACUCAAGUUCCCCAUGGUGUUCUAGGAAUUAUCUUUCCUUUUCUUAUUGGUGGUUUGCAUUUUCUUAAUGUUCAGAUAUCUUUUCAGGGGUCAUCAGUUGGCAAGGUGACUGGCCAGUUCAGCUCACUGGCUAAAUUGUAUCGCCAAUACCUUAAUUUUUUGACAGUGCCUCUACUUUUCACUGGUUUUAUGCUCCCCCAGGGGAGUUUAGUCUAUUGGGUAACCAACAGUUCCUUGUCUCUCAUUCAGCAACUGAUACUGAAACAUCCAAGUGUCCGUGAAAAGUUAGGAUUACCAAACAAAGAUGCUGUAGUAACAGCUAGGAACUCGAGAGAACAAGACGCAACUUCUUUGGUCACAGUAACAGGGACAGGGCAGCGGAAAAUUUCUGUUAUGGAUUUGUCUCCUCCAGAACUCCUUGCUUUAUCAGUAAAACGUCUAACGGAAGGCCAAAAGGAUAAAGCCAUUUCUUUACUAAGACUUGCUUUGGACAAGGAUCCUGAAUAUGUUGGACCAAUGAUUCUUAUGGGCCAAGCACUAUUGCAAAGUGAAAAGCCAGCAGAGGCAGUUGAGUACUUCGAGCGCGCCAUCUCCAAGCUGUUUCUUCUGGGCCAGCCAACAGAAACAGAAGAGAUCGAUCACUUAAUUCUUGCAUCCAUAUGGGCUGGUGCAGCAUAUAUUCGUCAGGGAAAAGAAAACGAGGGACUUAGACAUCUGGAGAGAUUGGCGCAUCUGAAAGAACCGGAGGAUCCAAAAAGCAAAGCUCAUUACUAUGACGGGAUAGUGAUGCUUGCAAGUGCAUUAUACAGAGUGGGUAGGAAGGCCGAAGCUGCUAAGUACUUGCGACAUGCAGUUGCAUAUGACUCUGCUUAUAGCGAUCUCUUGGCUCAGUGCGAGAAUGAGAAGGAUGAUUUUUCUAGUGAUCUUGUCAACAGCAGAAGGGGAGAUUAUUGAUUUCAUUUUCUCAGGUUAGCCAUAACUCAAAUAUUGAAAGGAAAAAAAAAGAGUGUAAAAUUAUUAUUUUUUACCUCAGAAUAAUGGGCAAUUUUGUUUGCUAAACAUUUUUCUUUCUUCUUAGCAUUUGCCUUUAUUUUGGGGGUUCUAAUGUAGUGUAAAUUAUAGUAGCAUGUUCUGUUAAAAAAUUUCUAUUUGGAGGCUUCAUAAUUUAUUUAUUUUAAUUUGGAAUCGAAAUGAUCAAUAAAGAAAAGGGUAUUUAAUUUGUGC